AUGAACGAUGUAUCGCGCGUGAUCGGGGCCGGGGGCGACGCGGGCGCGACGUACGAAGGACGCGCACGACGCCGGGGUGGAUCACACGCGAUCGUCGCGAUCGUCGCGUGCGCGCUCGCGCUCGGCGCCGAACGCGCGAACGCCGCGGACGGCGUUUUUACGACUAAAAGUGAUCUCGAAACUGCUCUCGAUGCCUCCAGCAGUUCUUGCACCGGGAACUACACCGCGUGCACGCACGGGUCGACAAACGUCCCGAUCGCGGACUGGGACGUGAGCGCGGUGACCGACAUGGGGGGGCUGUUUAUGCAUGUCUAUAAAUUUGAUGAUUUCAACGCGAAUAUCUCCGCCUGGAACACCGCGAGCGUGAAAAACAUGACGGCGAUGUUCGCUGGCGCGUCCGCGUUCAACCAAGACAUCGGCGCGUGGAACACCGCGAGCGUGACAAACAUGACGGCGAUGUUCAGUGACGCGUCCGCGUUCAACCAAAGCAUCGGCGCGUGGAACACCGCGAGCGUGAAAAACAUGACGGGGAUGUUCACUGGCGCGUCCGCGUUCAACCAAGACAUCUCCGCGUGGAACACCGCGAGCGUGAAAAACAUGGCGGGGAUGUUCCUUGCUGCGUAUGCGUUCAACCAGGACAUCGGCGCGUGGAACACCGCGAGCGUGACAGACAUGGGAAUGAUGUUCACUGUCGCAGUCAUGUUCAACCAAAGCAUCGGCGCAUGGAACACCGCGAGCGUGACAAACAUGGAGGGGAUGUUCUACGGCGCAUUCACGUUCAACCAAGACAUCGGCGCGUGGAACACCUCGAGCGUGACAAACAUGGCGGGGAUGUUCUCUGGCGACGGCUUUAGCGCGUCUUGGCCUCAGUCCGCGUUCAACCAAGACAUCGGCGCGUGGAACACCGCGAGCGUGACAAACAUGGCGGGGAUGUUCUCUGGCGCGUCGGCGUUCAACCAAAGCAUCGGCGCGUGGAACACCGCGAGCGUGACAAACAUGGCGGGGAUGUUCACUGGCGCGUCGGCGUUCAACCAAAGCAUCGGCGCGUGGAACACCGCGAACGUGACGAGCAUGGAAGAUAUGUUCACUGGCGCGUCGGCGUUCAACCAAAACAUCUCUACCUGGAACACCGCGAGCAUGACAAACAUGUACGCGAUGUUCCGGGAUGCGGCGGCGUUCAACCAAGACAUCUCCGCCUGGAACACCGCGAAAGUGAGACGCAUGCACUCCGUGUUCCGAGAUACGGCGACGUUCAACCAAGACAUCUCCACCUGGAACACCACGAGCGUGACAACCAUGUAUGAGAUGUUCAAAGGAGCGGCGGCAUUCAACCAAGACAUCUCCGCCUGGAACACCGCGAGCGUGACGAGCAUGGAAGAUAUGUUCUCCAAUGCGACGGCGUUCAACCAAAACAUCUCUACCUGGAACACCGCGAGCGUGACGAGCAUGGAAGAUAUGUUCUCCAAUGCGACGGCGUUCAACCAAGACAUCUCUACCUGGAACACGGCGAGCGUGACGAGCAUGGGAGAGAUGUUCUCCAAUGCGACGGCGUUCAACCAAAACAUCUCUACCUGGAACACCGCGAGCAUGACAAACAUGUACGCGAUGUUCCGGGAUGCGGCGGCGUUCAACCAAGACAUCUCUACCUGGAACACCGCGAAAGUGAGAAGCAUGCACUCCGUGUUCCGAGAUACGGCGACGUUCAACCAAGACAUCUCCACCUGGAACACCACGAGCGUGACAACCAUGUAUGAGAUGUUCAAAGGAGCGGCGGCGUUCAACCAAGACAUCUCCGCCUGGAACACCGCGAGCGUGACGAGCAUGGAAGAGAUGUUCUCCAAUGCGACGGCGUUCAACCAAGACAUCACGGGUUGGAACUCAUCCAGCCUCUCGUCCUCUUCUGACAUGUUCAAUGGCGCGACAGCGUGGCUCGCUCGCUACGUGAAGUCUAACAGCAGCGAUACCUCGGUCGACGGCCCUGCGAACACCUGGCGCAUGAUACCGAGUCCGCCGCCGCCGAGUCCACCGCCGCCGCCGAGUCCACCGCCGCCACCGAGUCCACCGCCGCCGCCGAGCCCGCCGCCACCGAGCGGGACGAGCCGUCUCACGCGUACUUUCACAUCCGUCGCUCUCGUCGCGGGCUUUCUCAUGCUUCAUUAA